UGCCAGGGCAGAAGAUUGCGGCGACUGGGACGACAUGGAGAAGAGGUCGAGCGGUCGCAGGUCUGGGAAGCGGAGGAAGUCGCAGAAAUCCACCGACUCCCCCGGUGCAGAAGUCGAGCUGCCCGAGAGCACGGCGAGGGACGACGCGGUGUUCGACGACGAGGUGGCGCCAAACCCGGCCAAGGACAGCGUCUCCGCCGAAAAGAAAGUGAAAUCUCCGCGGGCGGCCCCUGACGGGGGCGUUGCCUCCGCCGCGAGUCCGGAGUCCAAACCCAGCCCCGGCCCCAGAGGGCAGCUACGGGGGGAGUCGGAGCGGAGCAAACAGCCGCUCCCGACCUCGUCCCCCACCAAGAGGAAGGGCAGGAACCGCGCCCCCGAGGCCGUGCCCACCCCGCCCGCCAGCGGCCCGCGGGUUCCGGGCAGGGAGUCCCAAGGCACCAAGGGCGCGGCGGCCGAGAGCGGGGAGGAGGCGGCGCGGGUCGUCCCCCGCGAGCUCACGGUCAGGAGCAGCUCGCUGCUGCCGGAGAUCAAGCCCGAGCACAAGCGGGGCCCUCUGCCCAACCACUUCGACGGCCGGGCGGAGGGAGGUCGAAGCAAAGAGCUGGGCAGAUCGGCAGGAGCCUCUGGAGCUGCUGACGCCGACGGCUUGAAGCCCAGGAACCAUUUCGGUGCGGGCAGGUCCACGGUGACUACCAAAGUGACCCUCCCUGCCAAGCCCAAACAUGUGGAACUAAAUCUUAAAACCCCUAAGAAUCUUGACAGCUUGGGAAAUGAACAUAAUCCAUUUAGCCAGCCAGUUCAUAAAGGAAACACUGCCACUAAAAUCUCCUUAUUUGAAAACAAACGGGCAAAUAAUAGCCCAAGACACACUGACAUUCGAAGCACGAGGAGCACGCCUGCCUCUAAUAAAACAUUUGUUGGAAGGGCGAAGCUGAAUUUAGCUAAAAAAGCCAAAGAGAUGGAGCAGCCUGAGAAGAAAGUAGUGCCAAACAGUCACCAGAACAGUGUGCUGGUGAAGGAAACCUCUGCAGAAGCCAAAGUUCCUCUCCCUGAAGAAGAGAUUCCACCAGUGACCGGAGGAAUGAAAGCAGUGCCUACUGAGGGUCAAGCUCUUGGUUCUCAGCCUAACCAAGGUGAUAAAGCAGAUGUGCAGACAGAUGCUGGCUGUCCUUCAGAACCGGUGGCUACUGCUCUGAUUCCUGUCAAGGACCAUGAGCUCUUUAGAGAGGACGACUCAAAGACUGUUGACAGCAAAAGAUGUGUACUUGAAGAUGUGACUGAUACAGCACAAGAUGUCCCCACCAUUGUUAAUACCAAAGAUUUACCUCCAACAGCCUUACCAAAGCCACAGGAUGAAUUUUCUGACUCACAGCCUCCAGCGGAGUCAUCUAAUGGGCCUUCUCUCUCACCGUCUGCACCCAUUCCCGUGGAUGUUCCCGAAGACUCAUGUGUUCAAUCUCCCAUAAGCAAUCUUCCGUGCACUGAUCUAAAAGUGUCAGAAAACUGUAUUUUGCCUGUGUCUCAUCAGAAUAAUGAGAAAAUGCCACCCUCCAAACUUGGAGGAGAAACAAGCCCUCCUUUGUCCACAGAGCCCAGUCCGGAGGCUGUGGGAAGUGAGGGUCCAUCCAAGGUCCUGGUCCAGGUCAGGUCCUUUGUGCUCCCCGUGGAGAGCACCCAGGACGUGAGCUCCCACAUCAUCUCAGAUAGCUCUGAAGUUAGAGAAAUGCAGUUGCCAAGUUGUCACAAUAAUGAACUUGAGGUGGUUUCCGUUGCAAGCUGUGCUCCCCAGCAAGAGGAAGUAGUGGGCAAUAAGAGCACAUCACCCAAACACACUCAUUGCAAAGCAGAACACGUGGCCAAAUCUGUCCCGCAAGUCAUGCCGUCAGAAUCAGAGAGAACUCUGCCUAUUCAGGCGCAAAGUCCAGGCAACAAAACACCCCUGACGACUGAAUCCAGUCCCACCAACUCUCCCAACAGCAGAAAUCAUUUAGAAACUGCUCAAAAGCCAGAUCAAAAUGCUGUGAAUGGCCAAAAUAGCCCUGCCAGUCUUUUGAACGUUUCUGCUGAUAGUGAUGAUAGUGUAUUUGAUUCUUCUUCUGAUAUGGAAAAAUUCACUGAAAUUAUAAAAAAGAUGGAUAGUGCAGUUUGUGUGCCCCAGAAGAAAAAGAAGGCCAGGGUGCCCAACUCUCCUGCCCCUCACUUUGCCAUGCCUCCAAUUCAUGAAGACAAUUUAGAAAAGGUGUUAGAUCCCAAUGUGUUCACCUUUGGUUUGGGGAAGAAGAAGGAAAGCCAAUCAGAAAUGUCACCGGCUUUACAUUUGAUGCAGAACCUUGACACAAAAUCCAAACUGAGACCCAAACGUGCAUCCACCGAACAGAGUAUUCUCUUCAAGUCCUUGCACACUAACACUAAUGGGAAAAAUGAAACUGUGGUGACUCCAGAAAUAAAUGACAAAGAGAACAGGGAUAUCACAAAUGGUGGAGUUAAGAGAUCGAGGCUAGAAAAAAGUACACUUUUUUCAAGCUUGUUGUCUUCCCUACCACAAGACAAAAUCUUUUCUCCCUCUGUGACAUCAGUCAAUACUAUGACCACAACUUUCAGCACUUCUCAGAACAGUUCCCUAUCUCAGUCUUCGGUGCCACAGCCUGUGACUGAGGGUGCCCCGCCCUGUGGUUCAAACAAAGAAAAGCCAAAUCUUCCACCCAGCAACUCCUUAAAGGUCUUUAACUUCGACUCAUCAAAUGCAUCUCAUUCAGGUUUGAAAAGUCCAAGCCACAUGGAAAAAUCCCUGCAAAAAGAGGAAGCCGAAGAAGAUCUAGAUUCAAGAAGCAACCUACACUUGCCAGAAACUAAAUUUUCUGAAUUUUCAAAACUGAAGAACAACGACAAUACAGAAAAGGCAAAUCAUAUUGAAAGUGUUUCAAAAUCAAACUUGCCGAACUAUGGAAACAGUGACACCGCCUUUGUGGGUCUUUUCAAAUCAAGCCGGUUUGACCCAAGCAUUUCUUUUUCUGGAAUGUCGUUAUCAGAUACAAUGACUUUUAGAGGAAGUGUACAAAAUAAACUCAAUCCCCGACCUGGAAAGGUAGUGAUAUACAGUGAACCCGAUGUCUCUGAGAAGUGCAUUGAAGUUUUCAGUGACAUUCAGGAUUGCAGUUCUUGGAACCUCUCCCCAGUGAUACUCAUAAAAGUUGUAAGAGGAUGUUGGAUUUUGUAUGAGAAGCCAAAUUUUGAAGGGCACUCUAUCCCCUUGGAAGAAGGAGAACUGGAACUCUCUGAUCUCUGGGGUAUAGAAGAAAUUUUGGAAAAGAAUUGGGAAGGAGAGUCUGAUAAGCCUGUGGUGAUUGGUUCAAUCAGACUUAUGGUCCAGGAUUACAGAAUUAGUCACAUCGACUUAUAUACUGAACCAGAAGGGUUAGGACUCCUAAAUUCCUACUUUGAUGAUACUGAAGAAAUGCAGGGAUUUGGUAUAAUGCAGAAGACUUGUUCCAUUAAAGUACAUCAGGGCAUAUGGCUGAUUUAUGAAGAACCUGGAUUUCAGGGUAUCCCUUUCGUCCUGGAACCUGGUGAAUACCCUGACUUAUCCUUCUGGGAUACAGAAGCAGCGUACAUCGGAUCCAUGCGGCCUCUGAAAAUGGGUGGCCGUAAAGUUGAAUUCCCUACAGAUCCAAAGGUAGUUAUUUAUGAAAAGCCUUUCUUUGAGGGAAAAUGUAUGGAACUAGAAGCAGAUAUGUGCAGUUUUAUCGCAGAAGGAGGUGAAACAGAAGACACAACUGGAGAUGAUCGUUUGCCAUUUACGCCAGUGGGGUCUAUGAAAGUUCUGAGAGGCAUCUGGGUUGCGUACGAGAAGCCUGGAUUUACUGGUCAUCAGUAUUUACUAGAAGAAGGAGAAUACAGGGACUGGAAAGACUGGGGAGGUUACAACGGAGAACUUCAGUCGUUACGACCUAUAUUAGGUGAUUUUUCAAAUGCUCACAUGAUAAUGUACAGUGAAAAAAACUUUGGAUCCAAAGGUUCCAGUAUUGAUGUAUUGGGGAUUGUUGCUAAUUUAAAGGAGACUGGAUAUGGAGUGAAGACACAGUCUAUUAAUGUACUGAGUGGAGUAUGGGUAGCCUAUGAAAAUCCUGACUUCACAGGAGAACAGUAUAUACUGGAUAAAGGCUUUUAUACCACUUUUGAGGACUGGGGAGGCAAAAAUUGUAAGAUCUCUUCUGUUCAACCCAUAUGUUUGGAUUCUUUCACUGGCCCAAGGAGACGAAAUCAGAUUCACUUGUUUUCAGAACCACAGUUUCAAGGUCACAGUCAGUGUUUUGAAGAAACAACAGGUCAAAUUGAUGAAUCAUUUUCUACUAAGUCUUGCAGAGUUUCCGGAGGCAGCUGGGUUGCAUAUGAUGGAGAAAACUUCUCCGGGAAUCAGUACGUACUGGAGGAAGGCCAUUACCCUUGUCUCUCUGCAAUGGGCUGCCUGCCUGGAGCAACUUUCAAGUCUCUUCGUUUUAUAGACGUUGAAUUUUCUGAACCAACAAUUAUUCUUUUUGAAAGAGAAGACUUCAAAGGAAAAAAGGUUGAACUCAAUGCAGAAACGGUUAAUCUCCGAUCCCUGGGAUUCAACACGCAAAUACGCUCUCUUCAGGUUAUUGGUGGCAUAUGGGUUACUUAUGAAUAUGGCAAUUACAGAGGUCGGCAGUUCCUACUGUCACCAGCAGAAGUACCUAAUUGGUAUGAAUUCAGUGGCUGUCGCCAAAUAGGUUCUCUACGACCUUUUGCUCAGAAACGAAUUUGUUUCAGACUUCGAAACAAAGCAACAGGGUUAUUCAUGUCAACCAAUGGGAACCUAGAGGAUCUGAAGCUUCUUAGAAUACAGGUCAUGGAGGAUGUUGGUGCUGAUGAUCAGAUUUGGAUUUAUCAAGAAGGAUGCAUCAAAUGCAGGAUAGCAGAAGACUGCUGUCUGACAAUCGUGGGUAGCUUGGUGACAUCUGGCUCUAAACUUGGCCUGGCCCUUGACCAGAAUGCAGACAGUCAGUUCUGGAGCAUGAAGUCGGAUGGCAGAAUCUACAGCAAGUUGAAGCCAAAUUUAGUUUUAGAUGUCAAAGGGGGUACACAGUAUGAUCAAAAUCACAUUAUCCUCAACACCAUCAGCAAAGAGAAGUUUACACAAGUGUGGGAAGCCAUGGUCCUAUAAACCUCAACAAAGAAGGCAGAAGAGAUGUUUCUGGAGGUCUUUCCAGCCACCUUAUUUAAAAACUAAAGGACAGUGCUGAUGGACAAGCCAAUUGGAAAGUGGAUCUAUUCCUUCAAUAACUCUAAAUUCCAUCUUGAGUCAUACUGCCAUGACUGAAUUGUCUCAUCCUUUCAAAAGACUAGUUUUAAAACCAA